AUGCGUCGCGGAUCAUCGUUUUCUUCGAAAAUUCACAUGACGGAUUCUGAGAAAAAAAAGCAACGUGCGUCAGAUUUUAAGGCCAAGAAUGAGGAGCGUUACAGCUGGUUACAAGAAGUCAAGGAUGCUGAUGGAAAUCUAGAAGGAUCACCUGACUAUGAUUCUCGAACAUUAUUCAUACCUCGUUCUGCUUGGAAUAAGUUUACACCUUUUGAAAAACAAUUCUGGGAAAUAAAAUCGAAACACUGGGAUACUGUGGUUUUUUUCAAGAAAGGAAAAUUCUAUGAAUUAUAUGAACGUGAUGCGGAUAUUGGACAUAAGGAAUUUGAUCUUAAGCUUACUGACCGCGUAAACAUGCGCAUGGUUGGCGUGCCUGAAAUGGCUUUUGAAUCUUGGGCUGCACAGUUCAUUGCCAAAGGACACAAAGUAGCGAAAGUAGAUCAGAUGGAGACUGCAAUCGGAAAAGAAAUGCGCGAAAAAGCUAGCAAUGUAAAGGAAGAGAAAAUUAUUCGACGUGAACUGACGUCUGUUCUUACUGCUGGUACGAUUGUCGAAGGUGGAUUAUUGACCAAUGAGAUGGCAACAUAUUGCAUGUCGAUUAAGGAAUCAUGUCCUGCGGAAAAUGCCCCACCUACUUUUGGGAUUUGUUUUGUUGACACCGCAACAGCAGAAUUUCAUCUCGCGUCGUUUGUCGAUGAUGUUGAUAGAACUCAGUUUGAAACGCUGAUUAUGCAAGUAAAACCAAAAGAGAUAGUAUACGAGAAGGGAAUGCUUAGUCAAUUAUCAAAGCGUAUCUUGAAAGAUUGUACCAAUCGUCCAAUAUGGACUGCACUCAAACCUGAAAGUGAAUUCUGGGAUGCUAAUACAACGAGAAGUCAACUUAGGAUGUCUCGAUACUUUUCUAGUAAUCAAAAUGCAUCAAUUGCGCAAAAUGAUGUAGAUAAUGAUGGUGAUAUAACAAUGUUUAAUAAUGAUGAAGGAAACAAAAUUGAAACAUGGCCAAGUGCGGUUCAAGAAGCUUUAAAGGAUCCUCUGAUGCUAUCAGCUUUAGGAGGACUUAUUUGGUAUCUACGUUCGUUGAAACUUGAUGCCGAACUUGUUUCUCUCCGAAAUUUUCAUAUCUAUGAUCCGAUAUGCCAUAAUACCUCACUUGUUCUUGAUGGACAAACAUUAGCAAAUCUUGAAGUUUUUGAGAAUAGCUUAGACGGAAGUACUCGAGGAACUGUAUUCCAAUUAUUAAACCACUGUAUUACUCCCUUUGGAAAGCGCGCUUUCAAACAAUGGUUAUGCCAUCCACUUCGUGACGUUGCUGCUAUUGACGCACGUUUAGAUGCGAUCGAAGAAUUAAACUCCGUUCCUGACUUUCAAGAUAUGUUCACUGAAAAUUUUUCUCAUUUUCCUGACCUUGAACGCUUGAUAAGCAGAAUUCAUGCUGGAACGUGUAAGGUGAAAGAUUUUUUGCACGUAUUAGUUACUUUCGAAAAAUUGACGAAUACAAUUGAGAAGUUGAGUAGUUUUGCGAGUGACUUCAAAUCGACUAGAUUGAGACGGCUAUUCGAAUCUUUUCCCGACUUGAAACCAAUGCUUACCCAUUUCAAAGGAGCCUUCGACCAUGAAAAAGCAUAUAAAGAAGGCAAUCUAUUACCAUUUUCUGGAAUUGAAAGUGAUUAUGACGAAAUUAUUGACAGAAUGGCGGAAAUUAACAAAAAGCUUGACGAUCAUUUAGAAGAUGCAAAGGUGCUAUUAAAAACCAAAUCAAUUGUUUAUAAAGACCUUGGGAAGGAAAUUUUCCAGCUUGAGGUUCCGAAUACAAUCAAGGUACCGGAUAAUUGGCAGAAACUAUCACGCACGCAGAAAGUCAAUCGUUAUUGGAAUCCAACUCUCCAAAAACUUGUUAGGGAUUUUCAAGAAGCAAAAGAAACACAGUCUAGUAUAUUGAAAUCUAUACAAGGCCGUUUUUAUCAAAAAUUUGAUGCACAUUAUCGUAAUUGGCUUCUUGCCGUCAAAAUUGUUGGUGAAGUUGAUUGUUUGCUUAGUUUGGCUAAAAGUUCAAUGACAUUGGGUGAACCUCGUUGUCGUCCCCAAUUUGUGUCACAGGAACAAAGCAUUUUAGAAUUUGAAGAGCUUAGACACCCCUGUUUUAUUUCCGGUGCAACUUUUGAUUUCAUACCUAAUGAUACAUUCCUUGGUGGUGAUCAACCAAACAUGAUAUUGCUUACGGGUCCAAAUAUGGGCGGUAAAUCCACUCUUUUGCGCCAGAAUUGUGUGGCAAUUAUUAUGGCACAGCUUGGUUGCUAUGUUCCUGCGAGACGUUGUCGUAUGACACCAUUUGAUAGGAUAUAUACACGCAUUGGUGCUAAUGAUAAUAUCCUUGCAGGUCAAAGUACUUUUAUGGUAGAGUUAAGCGAAACCUCGAAAAUUAUUCACGAAGCGACACCUAGAUCUAUGGUUAUUCUUGAUGAACUAGGACGCGGCACGUCUACCUUUGAUGGUUACGCUAUUGCUUAUUCGGUUUUAUAUUAUUUGGCGACGCACAUUGGUUGUCUUGGUUUAUUUUCUACACAUUAUGGCAUGCUUACACAAGAAUUUGCCAACAAUCCCAAUAUUGCACUUAAACACAUGAGUUGCCAUGUUGAUCAAGAUCGUAGGGAAGUUACCUUCUU